UAUAAGUUUAACCCAUGUUUAACCUAGCUACGUCAACAAUAUUCAAAUUUCAAAUCUUCGAAAAUCGAAAAUGCAUUUGUGAUGCAUUUCUCCCAAACUCCCGUAGUGAUUACAUACUCUUUGCAAACUCCUCUUUCCUCUCUUUUACAGCAGUGCCUAACCUAAAAUCUCUAAAAAUAAUUUUAAACAAUAAUUUAACAAAUAAUAAUAGUAAACUCAUUUUUAAGUUUCAUUUAAGUGUUUUAUCACAAAAUACGUCUAUUACAUUUUAAACAUGAUAGAAAAUUACAAUAUUGAUGAUAUGACAUUUGAAACCCUAGUGAAAUCAUUUUUCAAAGGGUAUCUGCCGGAUCUUAAAGGAGAAUAUUGCAAAGCUAUGACUUGGGAAAUGCAAGAAAAGUUUCUGAAGCAGACAAUUCAUAGUUCUCUUUUUAAAAAAUAUCCUGGUAGUCCAAAAUUUAGCAGAUUAUUUUUUAAAAAGUUAAUAGAAUAUUUAGAGCCAGAACAAGAAGUGCAUGAUGAUGUUUAUGAAUUUUUAUGUUCCAUAAUGGAAAACAACGAAGAUAGUUUCAGCUAUCGUCAUUACUUAAUAGACAAUAGUUUGGAUAAUAUAGUGACAAUAAGGGAAACAAAAAAUAUGGUCUUAAAUGGUACUACUGGUUUGCGGACAUGGGAGGCAGCAUUUAUGUUAUCUGAUUGGGCUCUGUGUAACAAAAAAAUAUUUUUAAAUAAAUCAGUACUUGAACUCGGUUCUGGUGUUGGCUUUACUGGUAUAACCAUAGCAAAGCACUGUGAUGUGAAAUCUCUGCUGAUGUCAGACUUCCAUGCUGAUGUAUUACAAACAAUAAAUAAUAAUAUUCUAAUAAAUUUUCCUGAGUCAAGAUCUGAGCACAACAAUGAGCUAACCAUUUAUAAGAAUAAACAAAAAGAUAUAGGUGUGAUAAAACUAGAUUGGAAUGAUACUGAAACUCUGCAGAACUUGAGACCAGACAUUAUCCUUGGGGCUGACAUUGUGUAUGAUCCAUCAAUAAUACAACCCUUGAUAUCAGUUUUUGAUUAUUUCCAUAGCAGAAACAAAUAUGUUGAUAUAUAUAUUGCGAGUGUGAUACGAAAUGCUGAUACUUUUAAUAGAUUUUUGAAGAUUUUAGAAAUCUCAAACUUCAAGCACACAGAGCUAACUUUCACAGGAAACGUAAACAUAGAAUGGGAUGAAAAUUUACUGUGGUGUUUGUUGAGGAUUAAUAAAGAAUAAUUAUUUUACUAUUA